AUGAUCACGGGUGAUCAAUUAGAAAUUGCCAAAGAAACAGGACGUCGCUUGGGCAUGGGUGAUACCAUGUACAUCUAUGCUGACAUAAUCAAACAGGCAGAAGCCCGAGGAUCAAACAGUGAAGAAUAUAAUGUGAAUGAUGUAGUGAUUUUGGCUGACGGGUUUGCUAGCGUGUUUCCCGAGCACAAGUAUGAUAUUGUCAAAAGACUGCAAGAAAUGGAUCAUAUGGUAGCAAUGACAGGUGAUGGCGUUAAUGAUGCACCGGCUUUGGCUAAAGCAAAUGUUGGUGUUGCCGUUGCAGAUGCAUGCGAUGCAGCUCGAUCAGCUUCUGCAAUCGUCUUAAUAGAGCCCGGUCUUUCUGUGAUUAUUGAUGCUAUUUUGGGGUCUCGCCAAAUUUUCGCUCGCAUGACGAGCUACUCCAUAUACACUUGCUCAAUUACAAUUCGUAUUAUUCUUUCUUUUUCGCUGCUGAUCUUCAUAUACCAAUAUGAUUUUCCUCCAUUUAUGCUGCUCAUUUUAGCAAUUUUUAAUGAUGGAACCAUGAUGACCAUAGCCGAUGAUCGAGUGCAGCCAUCUCUGGAACCAAGCAAAUGGCGAUUGAAGCGCAUAUUUAUAUCGGCAAUAGUUUACGGUAUCUAUUUGACUGCCUCAACUAUAGUAUUUUUUAUCAUCACUACUCAGACCAAUUUCUUGGAAAACACAUUCGGUAUUAGUCCUAUUGAGCCAACUGGCGGGGAUACUCCCGAAAGUUCUCGCUCACACUCUAUCAUCUAUUUACAAGUGUCCAUAAUCAGCCAAGCAUUAAUCUUCACUACUAGAUCUCAGAGCUUCUUUUUCACCGAACGACCAACUAUGUUGCUGAUAAUUGCUUUUAUCGUCGCUCAAACGGCUAGUACAUUGAUCGCGGUCUAUGCUGAUUGGGGGUUUACCAACAUUAUUGGUUGUGGAUGGAGUUUAGCAGCAAUUGUUUGGGUUUACGAUAUCAUUUGGUUUAUUCCGCUCGAUUUUGUCAAAUUCGGCCUUCAAAUGGCAUUCGCUCGUAGCCUAGGAGGUGCUAAACCGUUCAAUGAUGGGUGUGACAAUUUUUUCUCGAAUAUUUGCAAGAGAAGUGCCGUAGCACCAGAGCACACUGUUACAAUACGACGAGCGUCCCAUCAUCGAUCAUCGCGACCAUCAUUGAACGAUGGUGAGGAUAUAUCAACGCGACUCAGUUCGCGUCUGCAACAUAAAUCUGUAAUUGCCAAAAUCGAUGAAUUGGCGGAACUGGGCGCAUCUUACUACACACCUCACACUGAUAUACUUUCAGGAUUGAAACGUAAAGCUAAGAUAUCGAGAUCAUCUUCACAUUGA